UAGAUAGAUAGAUAGAUGGAUAGAUAGAUGUUCUUAAUGUAGAUAGUGAUUCUUCUGUACGUGAGUGCUGGAAUCUUUGUCUUUUCCAUGGCAACCAGCAGCUAUUUGCACUAAUUUGCAAAAGAAAAGCUGUGGAAGUGUAGUGUGCUUCGGGGGGAAUGUUAUAUUUGGUCUUUCACAGUAAUAGAAGUCUCAUUAUUUAGCCUCUCAGUGCACCGGGAAACCGAGCAAACAGACCGAGUGACCCUUUGUCAAGCACCUCGUCCCCUCUCAGGAUCCUCGGGCCCUCGGCUAUCAGAUGUCCCCGAGCGGCGCGGAGAGGCCAUGCAGACGUUCCUCGAGUGCCCUUCAUUGAGUUCUGGAGGCAUAAAAGAGAACACACUCGGUGUGGAAUUGAGAGGCAUAUUAAAACAGCAGGCCCGGGGUCAUGGCCCGCUGCCAAUAGGAUCUAACUUCACGGAUCCGACCGGAUUUGGUGAUCCACGCGACCCGGACGGACCGGCUCUUCAAAAGCAGCGCCGUCUGAUCAUGGUCUGUUUAAUCGCCGCGCAUAGGCUCUAAAAGGAUGGAAAUGCCAAAGUCAUUUCUGAGCUCGGCUCUGUUCGAUUUGGUCAGCGACGUGGACUUCACGGAGAUGAUGCCGAGCACACCCGUCCCGGCCCCGGCGGAGCCCCAAAGCGCCGACUGCGACGGACCCUACCAGGACCUGACGUCCAUCCGCGAGCUCGACCUCUCAGCGGCUCGAGCGAGCGACUUUUACGCGUCUCCGGCGAGCGCGAGCGGCGGGAAACCCAGGCGCAAGCGCGUGAUCAGCAGCGUCCAGCGGCAGGCCGCGAACGUCCGCGAGCGCAAGCGGAUGUUCAGCCUGAACGAGGCGUUCGACCGGCUCCGCAGGAAGGUCCCCACCUUCGCCUACGAGAAGAGGCUGUCCCGGAUAGAGACCCUGCGCCUGGCCAUCGUCUACAUCUCCUUCAUGACGGACAUACUCGAGAAGCACUGAGCGUGCAGGCGCUGUUUCAGUCGCAUUGUUUAGAUGAACAUUUUCAAGGUAUUUAAAGUUUAUUAUGGAAAAAAAUAAAUAUAUAUAUAUGUAUCUGUCACUUUUGGUCUACCUGGCGCGAGCUCUGCACGCUGGAGUUAAUCAUUAAAAUAUGGACUGGAAAAGCAUUUACGUAAGACUGUAAAAAUAAAUGUUUCAAAAGCCAUUUCUCACCUUUUUUUUC